AUGUCUCUUCCGCAGCUCGACCCGGACGUCUUGGACGAACUGGCGGAGGCACGCUUGUUCCAUACCGAGGCUAUCGAGGACGUCUGCGAGUGCACGGCGCUUCAGAUGGGUACUAUGACCGAGUCCAUGAUGCAUCCUAAUCGGUAUAAGCACACCGCAGUCUUCUCUAUCUCUCCUUCUGCCGACCGGAAGCGCUUGGCGUUCGCAUUGGCAAAGCUGGUAUCUCUGACCCCGAUUUUGCGUUCCCGCAUUGUCGACAGCAGCCGUCGUGGCCUUGUCCGCGUCGUCCUGCGAGAAGAGCACCAGAUAAAAUAUUUCUCGCAGCCGCUUGAUGAGUUCCUUGAGGAUGAAAAGAACCAUACGAUGGGACUCGGGACACCUCUGCUGCGCAGUGCCUUUGUGGAUGGCAAACUCGUUCUCACAACGCACCAUGCCAUAAGAGACGAGACAUCUACAGCGCUUAUGCUCGCUGACAUUGUCCGCAUAUACAACUAUCAAGAGCCCGCGCAGCAUAUUCCGUUCAACAACUUCGUCGCCUUUUGCCACAGCAUCGCGGACCACGAGGCGCGAGCCUUCUGGGCUGACCGACUCAGGGGUGAGAGCGCCAUCUUCCCUACGCCGACAGCAAGUGCGGCUCCAGUUACGGAGCCCUUCCAGAGACAGCGGGAUGAUUUAUUCGUUCCUGGGAACAUAUCACGCGCCCAACUUCCCGCAUAUAUUGAGGUCGCCUGGGCGUUGACGGCAACCGCCUAUACCAAUGCUCGCGCCGUCUCGUUCGGAUUGGUCUUCUCGGGCCGGACGCCGGCCUUCGCGUCUACGAUCGGCCCCACCGCUGCCGUUGUGCCUGUCCGCGUCGAGGUAGAUCCUUCAACGACCAUCCACGCGUUACUCAAGCAAAGAAUGGCCGCAAGGCGUUGUCUUCUGAAUCAUCCGGCGCUCCAGUAUGGACUGGCAAACAUCCGCCGUGUCAGUCGUGACGCCGGGGUUGCCGCCGGUUUUCAGACCCAGCUGAACAUCAUCCCGCAAGCCCGAGUUACAUCUGACACGGGUGCGAGCGGGCUGCUGCGGAUGGAAGAGGCCUAUGAGGUCGACGCGCAGUUCAUCUUGUCUCUAAACUGCUUCCUUCAUGAUGCUAAAGUUGCCAUCGAGGCCGACUUCAACCCGGUUGCGUUACAGACUGCUCAGAUGCAAAGGAUCCUCAGGCAAUUUACGUACACGUUGUCCUGGCUGCUAAGUAACCCAAUGGAGACCAUGGUUGAGAGUCUUUUGCCGCUGAAUCCGCAUGAUUUGUCGGAAAUUAUGGUCUGGAAUCAAGACGUACCUGAGGCCGUGAACGAGUGUAUACAUAAGCUUUUCGAGACUCGAGCUCGGCAACAGCCAUCUGCACCGGCUGUGAUAGCCCCUGACGGAACCGCCACAUACGGUGAGCUAGACGACAUGUCGACAAGAUUGGCCCUUCAUCUCCGUGUUCACGGCGUCGGACCAGAAAUAAAGGUUCCUCUGCUUUUUGGAAAGACAAUUUGGGCCGUCGUUUCGUUCCUAGCCGUGAUGAAAGCCGGGGGCGCUUGCGUUCCGUUGGACCCGUCUCACCCAAGCCAGCGUAUUAUGGACAUCAUCAACAGAUGCCGAAGCUGCCUGGUGUUGACGUCUAGCAGCACGGCGUGGGCAAUCAACGACAUGCCUCAACCACUUAAACAUUUCACCGUCAGCUCGGAAUUGAUCGCGGCUCUUCCAAGCAAUGGGACGUCUCUCCCAAAGGAGAAAGAAGCUUCACUGUCGAAUGCAGUUUAUGUCCUCUUCACGAGCGGGAGUACCGGGGUUCCGAAGGGCGUCGUCCUGGAGCACCGCAAUCUGGCUUCCACUCUCACACACUACGGCCGGCGCGUGGGAUGGGAAGUCUGUGGAGGCCCUCGGAUGCUCCAGUUCUCGUCUUUCGUUUGGGAUACGCAUACUCUCGAGGUCUUGGGGACGCUACUCUGGGGAGGAUGUGUCUGUAUGCCCUCCGAGGCUGAGCGGGCCGAUCUCGGGUCCUUCAUCCAUGAGAAGGCAGUUGAAUGGGUCAUUCUCACGCCGACCGUCCUCAGAACUCUAGACGCACACUCGCCUCAGAUGGCGACGGUAAAGACAAUCGUGUCCUGUGGUGAGCGCGUCGACUUGACCACCGUGAACGAUUGGGCUCCUUCGUGCCGUUUCGUUAACGAAUACGGCCCUUCCGAGGUAUCCGGACGCUGUAUGCUGCAGGAGCUGACAGCAUUUUCGCCCUUCCCUCAAAGUAUUGGGAAGCCUGUAGACUGUGCGGCGUGGAUCGUAUCAUUGGAAACCCCGACGAAAUUGGCUCCCAUUGGAACAAUAGGCGAGAUACUCGUAGAAGGGCCCGGCGUAGCUCGGGGAUACCUCGACGACGAGGCGCUUACAGGAGCCUCCUUUGUCCCUCGGCCAUCGUGGCUUCCCCCAAGUCGAGAAUCUCGGUAUUACCGCACCGGAGAUACAGCGAAGUACAACGCAGAUGGAAGUAUGACCUUCACCGGUAGGCGAGAUGGACAAGUGAAGAUCCGAGGCCAGCGAUUCGAGCUCGGCGAGGUGGAACGAGCUCUCGUUCGUGUCUCUGGCGUCCGUGAAGCCGUCGUCUGCAUUCAGCCGCGGCAUGACGACGGUAACAUGCUCACCGCCGUAGUAUCUUUAGCCGAUGCACAGCUUCAGGAUACAGCAAAACAUCUUCAGGGUUCGGCCAAACAAGCGAUAAGACAGGUGUCUCUGCCAACAGGCUACAACUUAUCCAAGCGCCUCAGAAGCAUUAGGGACCAUGUAUCAGAGUUAUUGCCCUCCUAUAUGGUCCCCACGGCCUGGUUGGUGGUACAAGAUACAAUGCCCGUGGUUACUUCAGGUAAACUGGAUCGUCCCUCGGUUAUCGCUUGGGUACAGUCGCAAGACAUGGACGCGGCACGAGGUGCCCUCCAACCCUCCGCUGCGAGCGCGUUAAGUGCGCCAAUAUCUAACGACGAGAAAACGAUGCGGUCGGUGUGGGCUUCGGUACUGAAUGUUCACGAGCAGAAAAUCGGACGCGAGAGCAACUUCAUGUUGCUUGGGGGAGACAGCAUCGCCGCCAUGCGAGCGGCAGGCAUGUGUCGUAGGCGUGGCUUGGUCGUGCCUUUGCAGGCUCUGAUGCAGAGCUUAAGUCUCGCUGAGGUGGUGUCUCAAUGCGAAGAGGUCACAACGUCUUCAUCCACCCUGCCUCCUACACAGCCUUACGAGAUUCCAGUGGUUUCAGACUUCCCAGUUGAGGGAUUUGCUGCGAUUGACAUUGAAGCUGUUGCCGAAGCAACAGACGCGCAGGCAUCCAUGGUCGCGCUGGGUGAGCUAGAUCGACACGCCUUGGUCUUGAAGACUGGCCUCAUCUUUGAGCCGCCUGCAGACGUGGCUCGGAUCAAAUUUGCUUGCGCCCAGGUUUUACAAACCCACGAGAUUCUACGAACGGUAUUCACUCAAAAGGGUCCGAGACUGUACCAAAUUGUCUUGAGGCGCCCAGUAGACUCUCAAAUACUGCCAGACGAAGGGCCUCACUCUCAACGCAAUGAUAUCCUACCACAAUUCUACGUGGCCUCCGAUGGACAACACUGCCAUCGACUUCGCCUCGAGAUCCACCACGCGUUAUACGACGCCGUCUCCCUUGGAAUGAUGUGGAACGAUAUCGCCGCUGCGUACGCCGGGCGAAAGCUCUCUCGCGAGACGUCAUUUCUAGAUUGGGCACGCCGGCUCACCCAGCUGGAUCACUUGGAAGCGAAAAGCUUCUGGCGGGCGACUCUGAAAGGAUCUCAGCUAACCUACCUCGUGCCACCGCGGCAGACGCCUGGGACCCUGAAGCAAGUUGAGCUCCGUGUCCCGCUCCCAAGUCUUACAGUUCCCGGCCUGACGACAGCAAACCUCUUCAAAGCCGCCUGGGCCCUGGUCAUGGGCCGCGAGGCAGGCACGCAAGACGUCGUCUUCGCCGAAGUCCUUGCCAACCGUUACAACCCAUCUUUAUCGGCCGGUGUAAACCAGGAAACCGUUCGCGGCCCGUGCAUGAACACCAACCCCGUAAGAGCUCACUUUGAGCCAAACAUGACAUUUGUCGCGCUGGCUACGCAGUUACAAGAACAGUCCCUGGCCGCCGCCUCGUUCGCCUAUCUCGGUUACCGGACAAUCCAGAAGGACUGUACAGACUGGCCGUUGAACAGCCUGUUUGGAUCAGUUGUGAAUUUCCAAAGUCCUGCGGUCUUGAGAGAUGAGGAGCUUGACCUAGGAGACUCAAUCACAGCUCGCAUGAUGCCUCCUGCUGCUAGUCCUCCGUCACGAUCUUCCGCCCUGUGGACGAUUGUGCGUCCAACUGACGAAGAGCUUGUUGUAGGCUUCAACUUUUCAAGCGCGGCUUUCGAUGAGGAGAAAGUGAAGGGCUUUGCUGGACAGGUUGAGGACUUGCUGAAAAGCAAACCCAGUGACAUCAGUCCGUGGAUAUCCAAGGCAUCUCAUGCAUUCAGGGGUCAGGCUUCUAAAAGUCUAUCGCUGGCAGCUUCCUCUGAUGAACAAGCUUAUGUGAGUCAGGAAUUCACAGACGAGACUCCCGAGGAGGUACGUCUUGUGGUGCUGGAAGUGUGGAAAGCCAUUGGUUUGCAAAUCAAGGAUGAUCAUGCGCCCAUUUUUGAAUGUGGGGGAGAUACCGUUACUGCUCUGUUGUUGUCCAGACAAUACCGCAGACAGGGCUAUGACCUCACCAUUGGAGCCGUGUUAGCAAACUCGUCACGACAAGCACAGGCAAAUUUGCUUUUUCGCUCCGGAAUGUCACAGUUGUCCGGCUAA